AGCUCCAUCACUGCGGGCUGUUUCACUCACAUGAUUAGCUCAAGUGUUCCUUGUCUUGAUUGAGAGAAAGUAAUCCCAGGAUUAGGAAUGUGGGUUGUUUUUCUGUCAGGGUGAAGGCGGUCAUUAGGAGCGAGUGUGUGCGGUAUCAGUGUGUACAGAGAGCUUGGUGUGGGGUGAGAAUGCGGAGCCCCAUCAGGCGAUACCCCUGGCUCAUUAACGUCACUCUGUACUCGGGUCUGUACGCCGGCGGGGAUCUGAUGCAGCAGUAUUUAUCGAAUAAGAAAGAUGAAAAGAUCGACUGGAGGCGGACGAGAAACGUCGCGAUCGUCGCUUUCUGCUUUAACGGCAACUUCAACUUUUUCUGGAUGCGCUUCUUGGAGCGGAGACUUCCGGGAAGUUCCGUUAGCGCGGUGUUGAGGAAACUCGCCCUGGACCAGACCCUGUCCUUACCCCUGGCCAUCAGCGCCUUCUACACAGGUUUGAGCCUUUUAGAGGGUCAAGAUGACAUACUGGAGGACUGGAGAAACAAAUUCCUGAACACAUACACAACAGGACUCAUGUUCUGGCCAUUUGCCCAGUGCCUGAACUUUGCCCUGGUGCCCUUGUACCUGCGAACUACCUUCACCGGUUGCUGUGCUUUUGUCUGGGCUACAUUCCUCUGCUUCUCUCAUCAGUGCGGAGACGGAACCCUGAAGGCGGCUCUGAACUGGAUACGCCAGCUGAAAAGCGAAGUCAAAGUUCAAGAAUCCAGUGAAAGCAAGUGAUUCUUUGAAUGUACUGUCAGAAAGGUGCUUGAUCCUGUUUCCAUAUAUGAUCAUAAUUGCACAGUCGUGUUGUAAUUCAACCUGUGUUAGUCACCUGCAAGAUAGGUAGUACAACAGCUCAGGAAUCAUAUUUAUUAGUCCAUUUGCUUUGUUUGAGUCUGGAACAUAACUUUUUUAGUUGCAUGUACGGUAUUUAAACAAAUAAAAAAAUAACAUAAAAAAAAGACUUAGGGGCAUAGAGAACUAAAAACAGGCUGAAACCCAUCUUGAUUUUUUUAUGACAGUUCCAAAUCCUUAUUUGUAUGUGGUUAACAUAACCUUAUAUAUGUGUCAAAACAUUGUUUGUUUGUUUUUUUGCAGUAAAUGCAUUAUAAUGACAUUCAUAAAAGGUCAACAAUGCCAUCAUUAUGAUUUCCUCAUAUUAUCCUCCCCUUGAUAGUUUGUUUAAUAACAUUUCAUUAACAACAGGCUGCUAUCAGUUCCUCAUUUCCUCCAUAUUACUAGCGUGUUCUUUUAAUUGUCAGUGUUAAAUUUUUUAAACGUUAAUUUUCAGUGGAACUGUCAUAAAAGUAUUAUAUAUGGACACGAGUGUUUUACUGGGAAAUACGCACUCGUAUUUUUCAUUCAAGCUACAUCUGGGACAUGGAGAACCAAAACUGUGACAUAACUCUCUUUUUAUUUUUUUCGCGGUCCGGUUUCCAUCAAAUCCUGCGCUCUGAUUGGCUGGCGAGCGGGUCCGUAUCCUACAAUACGGACCCCAGUUACGGACCCUGGUUAUGGACCUCUGGCGACUCGCUCGUUCACAACAACAAAUAUAGUAAAAUUUUUUGUCAACAUUUAUCUUUUUUUUAUAAGAUUUAUUUAUAAGAUUGACAAAAAUCUUAUACAUUUUUGCCAGCAUUUCUCAGGAGAAUGGCAUUAAUUUUACAGCAUGGAUAGUGAUAACGACAGUCUUCACAGCGAAAGCGAGUUUUACUACCCUGAGGAAGAAGAAAUAAAAGAAAACAUUUCAGGAGAAAGCUAAAAACGUAUAACUGUUGCUAACGCCGAGCAAAAACAUGGCUGAAUCCUGAAUGACUCGAUUUUGUAUAAAUAGAGGACUACAUAGGCGGCAAAAUGUAGUUUUUUUCCUGCCAUGGAAGUACACUUGUAUACCGAGGAGGAAGCCAUUUGCAUUACAGCCGUGAAUGAGGAUUCAAAAUGGCAGCUCGCCUCGGCUCGGUUUUCCCUUUCGGGCGCUCUCGUUUUCUGUUAGAAUUUGGUAAAGAAAAAAAUAAAUAUAUUAUUUACCAACUUAAGGUCGGUCCAUAUGGUGAAAUACCGUGACCUCAGCCUUGAAUACUGACCUCGGCCCAGAGGGCCUCGCUCAGUACUUUCAAGACCUCGGUCACGGUACUUUACCAUACGGACCUCCCAGCUGGUAAAUAACAUACAUAUAUGUCACUCUUGAGAAAAUAGAUUAAUUGUUUUGAUUUGUUUGAAAUUUGGGUACUUUUUGUUUGUGAAUGUGUCUAUAUAAUACAAAGAAAAUCACACGUUGGCUUGAAGAUAUGAAUUUUAUCUUCUUGUGUUGAAAAACUCGCAUUUUUCAUACAAAAUACAUCGCGGAUCUGAGUGACAUACAGUGCCUUGCAAAAGUAUUCAUCCCCCUUAGUGUUUUGUCCUGUUUGGUUG